AUGCGAGCAGCCGCGCUCUCAGCAAAUGUGGUGGAACAUAAGGCCUUGUUGGUCCAAUUGUCGGUGUUGGGUCGGGAUCACAUCUGCGGUCUCCCAGGCUCCAAAGCCCCAACCCUUUGUGUUGGCUUUUUGUUGGCUUUUUGGUCUUUUUGUAUCUGCUUACACCGCGUUCUCGCAAUCUCGCGAAAUGCGCCGUGGUGCUAUGGCGCCUUCGCGGGUCUUUUUCUGGGCUUACGUUGGCAUACUGUACAUCGAGGGAUAGCGAAGCAAGGGACUGCUCACUGA